AUGCUCGAUCUCGUUGUCAUUGGAGCUGGCUUUAGUGGCCUCCAGGCCGCGUAUUCUGCCAAGCAGGCCGGUCUCUCAGUUGCUGUUGUUGAAGCUCGCGACCGCGUCGGCGGAAAGAUAUGGAGCGUGCCGUUGGCUUCAGAACGAGGCUGUGCCGAGCUAGGUGGCGCCUGGAUCAAUGAUAGUCUGCAGCCGCGUGUUUGGAAGUACGCUCAGCACUUUGGCUUGAAGGUUGUGAAGCAGCGUCUAGAAGGGACUGCUAUCAUGCAAGAAAGUGAGAAUGAAAGAUUCGAGUUUCCUUUCGGUGUCGCUCCGGAGUGGAGCGUUGAGGAGAAAGAUAAUCUUGGGCUCAUUCGGGACCAUUUUCAAGCCGAAUCCCUCCGUCCUGGCUUGCCGUCCGCGGAGGUAGACAGCCUAACCUUGGAUGCAUACGUCCGACAGCUGGGCGCUCUACCAAAGGUUAUCAAGAUGGUUAACAUCUGGUCUCGGGUCAUGCACGGCUUAGAAUCAACAGAGCAAUCUGCUGCAUGGUUUAUUGACUAUUGCCGCCGUAACAAAAGCUUUCUCGCCAUUCGAGCCGAUGAUUCUACCGGUGGUCAAUACCUCAGAUUCCAAGAUGGGGCACAAUCAAUCGCCAAGGAGCUUUCCAAAAUAAUUGGUUCAUGUUCUAUCCACCUCUCCUCACCAGUAGCUUCAAUGAACGACCACGGAUCGCACGUUGAGAUUGUCACUAGAAACGGAAAAAGAAUUCCCGCUAGGAAGUGCAUCAUGUCUGUUCCCAGCACCAUGUACAAAGAGUUUAAGUUCAGUCCCCCUUUACCUCCUGCCGUCCGAGAGGUAACAAACGGAACAAUUCUUGGAGACUACAACAAAGCUAUUGUGUGUUAUGACAAGCCCUGGUGGCGGAGCGAAGGGUUCAACGGAUAUUUCGCCAGUUUCUCCGGGCCAAUCACGCUGGGACGGGAUACCAGCGUUGAUGAAAAGAGUCACUACUCUUUGACCUGUUUUGUGAAUGGAGCACCAGGACGAGAAUGGAGUAAGCUCCGUCCUCAUGAGCGUCGAUCAAUAGUGUUGAAACAGCUAUUCCAAAUUUUCGACAAAAAGCCCGAAGUUUUCCGUCCGAUCGAGGUUUUCGAUCAAAUAUGGCAACAUGAGGAGUUUAGUAGAGGCGCGUUGGCCCCUGUUCAUGCACUAGGGCAUCUUACCAAGUACGCAUCGGUAUAUGGCCAGCCCGUGGGCAAUAUUCAUUUCGUCGGCACAGAGUAUAGCACCGAGUGGAAGGGUUAUAUGGAAGGUGCACUCUGUUCUGGAGAGAAGGGGGCCCAACAAGUAAUCGAUUGCUUGAACUACAUCCCUGCAAAGAUAUGA